AUGAAAAAUACACAGAAGUCUUCCCCUGGAUCAAAUCUCUACUUUAAAAAGACUGAAGAUAACCUUUUGUAUCACCCAUUGACUGGUUCAUCUACAAAUGAUGAGGAAAUUGACUUAUCAUCCUUAAUGGAAAAUGUAGAUACAGUUGAAUAUAGAAAAAAAUCUCUUCCUUUUCAUGAGUCAUAUGAUCCUCCUAGCACACUGGAUAAACCAUAUCAUAUAUCAGACAUAAACACAUACUAUUCGAUGUAUGAACGUAGUAUAUCUGAUCCAGAUGCAUUUUGGAGCGAUAUUGCAAGACAACACCUGCGGUGGAUUAGGGAUUUCACACAAGUACAGAGUCAAGGACCUGAAUUUCAGGAUCGUAUGUUCUGGUUUAUUAAUGGGAAAUUAAAUGUAUGUGAUAAUUGUGUAGACAGAUGGGCUGAAGAACAACCAGAUACAGUUGCAUUAAUUUGGGAAGGAGAUAAUCCAGAUUGUAAUAAGAAAAUAACUUAUAUGGAAUUAUUUCGAAAUGUAUGUAAAAUGGCAAAUGUUUUGAAACGUUUUGGAAUAAAGAAGGGUGAUUCUGUAGGUAUAUAUAUGCCCAUGAUUCCAGAAACUAUCUAUACAAUGUUGGCUUGUGCGAGAAUUGGAGCUGUUCAUAUGGUUGUUUUUGCAGGAUUUGCAGCUCGUAAUUUAUUAGAGAGAUUAAUCAAUGCAAAAUGUAAAAUUGUUGUUACUGCUGAUCAAGGAAUUAGAGGUAAUAAGAUUAUUCCUUUGAAAGAUAUAGUAGAUGAGGCAUUAGAAGAUCUACAUGAAGUUCAUACAUGUAUUGUAUUUAAACACCUAAAUGGACCCAUAAAUGUAGUAGAAGGAAGAGACUAUGAUGGAAAUGCUUUAAUGAGAUCUGAAAGAUCUUAUUGUCCUCUUGAAGAGAUGGAUAGUGAAGAUCCUUUAUUUUAUUUAUAUACAUCUGGAAGUACAGGAACUCCUAAAGGAGUGCAACAUUCUACAGCAGGAUAUUUAUUAUUUGCAGCUAUUACUCAAAAAUAUUUGUUUGAUACUCAUAAAGGCGAUAUCUUUGGAUGUGUAGGUGAUAUAGGCUGGAUUACAGGUCAUUCAUAUCUAGUAUAUGCUUCAUUAUGUAAUGGGUUGACAACUUUAAUUUUUGAAGGAGUUCCAACAUAUCCUGAUCCUGGUAGAUAUUGGGAAAUAGUACAGAAAUAUAAAAUAACACACUUUUAUACAGCUCCUACAGCUUUAAGAGCUCUUAAACGUUUUGGAGAUGAGUAUGUAAAAAAAUAUGAUAGGUCAUCAUUAAGGAUAUUAGGAUCUGUAGGAGAACCAAUUAACCCCUCAGCAUGGAGAUGGUAUAGAAAUAUUGUAGGGGAUGGACGGUGUCCAAUUGUUGAUACAUAUUGGCAAACAGAAACAGGAGGUAUUGUUAUUGCUCCAAUUCCUGGUUGUGUUAAAACUAAACCAGGAUCCUCUACUUUACCAUUUUUUGGUAUAAAACCUGUCAUAUUAAAUCCUGAAACUGGUGUACCUAUUGAAGGGGUAGGAUCUGGAGUUUUAUGUAUUCAAGAUCCAUGGCCUGGAAUGUUCAGAAGUAUUUUUGGUGCUCAUUAUUUACAUGAAGAAUUAUAUACAAAACCAUUUCCAGGGUAUUAUUUCUCGGGAGAUGGAGCCAUGAAAGAUAGUGAUGGAUACUAUUGGAUUACAGGACGUGUUGAUGAUACAAUAAAUGUUGCAGGACAUCGUCUAAGUUCAAAAGAAAUUGAGGAUUCUCUUACGAAUCAUGAAUCUGUGUCUGAAGCUGCAGCAGUUGCUGUUGACCACGAUGUUAAAGGCUAUGCAUUAGUUUGUUUUAUUGUAUUAAGAUCAGAUCAUUUUCAUUCUAUUAUUGGGGAAUCAUCAAAGACACCAAAUAUUGAGCAUGAGCUUAGACAAUGUGUAAGAAAACAAAUAGGACCUGUAGCAUCUCCAGAUCAUAUUGUGAUUGUUGAUGGUAUACCGAAAACACGUAGUGGUAAAGUUGUAAGACGUUUAUUACGUAAAAUUGCUAGCGGAUCUACAGAAUAUGGUGAUAUUUCUACUGUCACUAAUCCAGAAUGUAUCGAAUCUAUUGUUAAUACAUGGAAUAAAUAUUUUAUUAAAACAUUUACAACUGAAUGUGAUGCAAGUGUAUCCACAAAUUCUAAUACUAUUGAUUCACCUAUUACUUCAAAUCAAAUUAAAUAUUAA